UCAUAAGCAUUGGCUGGCGUCCCUUCACAUGUCAUGCACUGACGUACCGAAAGCUGUAAAUAAAUGAAAUUUUUAUACUAACAAAAUGUUCAAAAAUACUUAUCAGAAUGGAUUAUUGUCGAUUUUCUACAGCUGCGGAUCGAACCCGUUAGCCAUAUGGGAUAUGGAAGUGAAUAAUGGGCACAUAAAGCGACUAACGGAUACUGAAGUAAAUUCCAUAGUGUUAGAGAUUGUGAGCACCAAUGUAGCAACUACAUAUAUAAGUUGUCCAAGAGGAAAUCAAGUAUUAGGCAUAAAACUUCCAUUUCUUGUAAUGAUAGUCAAGAAUUUAAAGAGGUACUUUUCUUUUGAAAUAACUAUACUUGACGACAAAAAUAUGCGCAGACGAUUUAGAAUAUCAAAUUUCCAAUCAACAACUAAAAUCAAACCUUUUUGCACAACCAUGCCAAUAGGUCUAGCUGGCGGUUGGAAUCAGAUACAGUUCAACUUAUCAGAUUUUACCAGAAGAGCGUAUGGCUCCCAGUUUUUAGAAACUCUUCGGGUACAAAUACAUGCUAAUGUGCGUCUUCGAAGAAUCUACUUCUCGGAACGUUUGUACACAGAAGAAGAAUUGCCACAAGAUUAUAAACUAUACUUGCCUUUGGAUCAUAAACAUAAGAAAGGAAAAGCUGAUAAGAAAGAGGCGGCUGCUGCUCCCGCAGCGCCAGCCCCCGCCACACCGAUUCCUGCGACACCUGCAGCUGAAGAGGCGCCGCCAGACAAGGCACCACCGCCACCUCCAGAGGCGCCACCUGAGGCUGCCCCACCACCGGAAGCUACUCCAGCUCCAUCUGAGCCUGAAGCACAGGGACCACAGGAAGCACAGGAAGGUGAUGAGGCUAAAGAAAGUGAAGCGACUGCGACACUAGCAUCUACUGAGGCUGGAGACGAAAAACCUCCUGACAUGGAGAGUGAACCACCUGAAUCCCCUGCACCGGAAAGUGAAGCGCCAGCUGAAGGCAAUGCACUGCCAGAAGAAGGCGAACCACCAGCAGAGCAACCUGCUGAAGAAGGCGCAGAAGCUCCGGCAGAGGCUCCCGCAGAGGAAGCUGCAGAAGCUCCACCGGAGUAAUAAUUGUAUUUUUUAGAGUUGUAUAUUAUUGAUCAUUAGGAUAUUAUUAUUGUUGAUAUUUUAUUUUAUUAUUUUAAUUGUUAAAGUGUUAAAGAAAUUAGGCAUAUUAAAAUGAA